AUGGGCCACACGGUCAACGGCACAACCUACCCGCAGCUCUAUGUGCACGCCCAAACGGCCCAACUGCGCUGUCUCAUGACCACGCUAUGCGAUAAGCAUUCCCAGCGCGGCGACUGGGUCUUCACAGCCGACCGCGUCAACCGCAUCAUGGUCGAGUUUGCUCUCAACUUCCUCCCCGUCGACCCCGUGCGCGUGAUCACGGCCGUCGACGACGAGGCGGCAGAAGGCGUCUGCUUUGCGGGUAAGAUCGUCGGCGUGUCUGUCAUCCGCGCCGGCGAGGCCAUGGAGACCGCGUUGAGGUCUUGCUGCCGGAACGUCAGGCUGGGAAAGAUCCUCGUUCAGAGGGAUGAGGAGACGGCCAAGCCCAAGUUUUACCUGGCAAAGCUGCCCCAUGAUGUCGCAGAGAGGCACGUGCUGUUAAUGGACCCCAUGCUCGCCACAGGGGGGAGCGCCCUCACCGCGAUUGGCAAGUUGCUCGAGGCGGGCGUCAAGGAGGAAAACAUCAUUUUUGUUAAUGUGGUCGCCGCUCCUGAAGGGAUAAGCAAUUUGCUCCAUAGGCAUCCCAAGAUUACCUUUUGUACUGCCGCGGUGGCCGAGGGUCUUACUCAGAAGUGCUACAUUCGCAGGAGUGUCGGUGACUUUGGCGACAGAUACUUUGGCACCAAUAACCAUGCUCAUUGA